UACAAGUCUGCAAACCGUUUCAAUAUAUCAAUAUGAAGCUUAUCCUUAUGAUCUUAGCCUCUACAAUCGCCUUGGUACAAGGUGAUGCCACCAAACAACGAUAUGACGCUUUCGACAUACAAACUGCGUUGCAAAAUGAUGACAUUAUAUUAAGUCUCAUAAACUGUUUCGGUGACACCACACCUUGCUCGCCUGAAAUGAAAGCAUUUAAAAAUGAUAUACCAACAGCGUUACAAACAGCUUGCGGGAAAUGUUCAGACAGACAAAGAGAAGUAAUAAGACACGUUAUAAGAACCGUAAUGAAGAAGUAUCCGGAUGCUUGGACGUAUCUUAUCGAUAAAUAUGACCCAGAGAAUAAAUACAGAGAUGGCUUCUAUCAAUUUAUUGGACAAGACGACUAAACAGUUCAGAUGAUAUUUAUAAAAAGGAAUAAUUUA